CUGAAAGGAGAGCCCUACUUAUGAAGAGAUGACGUGUAAUGGCCCAGGUAACUCAGAAGCUUGUGCCACUCCAGACACUGGUGGUGACCAGGAAUGGGCACAGGAACACUACCGACUCGGAACUUUUGUUGAAUUUCCACUUGGCUGUCCGGUUUCAGCAUCAGCACUAGCACGAGCUGGCUUUGUUUAUACUGGACAAGGUGACAAAGUGAAGUGCUUCAGUUGCCAUACAACUAUUGAAGGAUGGACGCCUGGGGAUUCUGCAGUUGAGACACACAAAAAGUUUUCCCCAGAUUGCAAAUUUAUUACUGAAUCUACUUUUCUGGAAAAUCACAUGCAUUCUCUUGCCCAGAACUACCAGCGUAGAACUGAAAAUGGUUCCAGCAACUCAGCCCUCCCGUGUACUCUGGAUGACCCAUCUGAUGUGGAGGCAGAUUACCUUUUGAGAACUAGGCAGGUUGUGGAUAUGUCAGAUAAUUUUUAUCCUAAAAACCCUGCUAUGUGCAGCGAAGAGACAAGAUUAAAGUCUUUUCACAACUGGCCCCUCAAUGGCCAGUUGACACCAAAGGAAUUAGCUAAUGCUGGAUUCUAUUAUACAGGUGUUGGUGAUCAAGUGGCAUGUUUUUGUUGUGAUGGAAAAUUGAAAAUGUGGGAACCCAAUGACAGAGCUUGGUCAGAACACAAGAGGCAUUUUCCCAAAUGCUUUUUUGUCCUGGGCCGGGAUGUUGGAAAUGUUCCAAGUGAAUCUAUUCCUCAAGCAUCUAGUCCUGCUGAGCUUGGGAGAAGUGGUCUGAACAAUGCAGAGCAUCCAAGGAAUCCGUCUAUGGCAAAAUAUGGAAAUCGUUUACAAACAUUUUUAACUUGGAUAUAUCCGGUUGACAAGGAGCAACUUGCUGAAGCUGGGUUCUAUAGCAUAGGUAAUGGUGAUCAUGUCAUGUGUUUCCACUGUGGUGGAGGAUUGCAAGAAUGGAAGGAAAAUGAAGACCCAUGGGAUCAACAUGCCAAAUGGUUUCCUGGGUGCAGAUUUGUGAGAAAGGAAAAGGGGCAAGAAUUUAUAAAUAAUGUUCAUUUAAGAGAUGGAUGUAGGGAUUCAACGACAGAAGCUGCUGAAGGGACAAUACUUCCUAAAGAUGAUCUCUUACAGAAUCCUUUGGUACAAAGUGCCAUAGACAUGGGUUUCAGUUUGUCUGAGAUUAGGAACACCAUGGAAAAGAAAUUGCAGAUGUCUGGAGAAAGUCACACAUCUGUUGGGGAUCUGGUAGCAGACUUAAAUGCUCAAAAAGAAAAUAGAAGGGAAGAAGAACCAAGUGAAAUCCCACUUGAGCAAGAUGAGCUUAUUCAAUUACAAAACCUCUAUCUCAGUACUGAAGAGAAGUUAAGACGCUUGCAGGAAGAAAAGCUUUGUAAAAUCUGUAUGGCUAAAGACAUAUCAGUUGUCCUCAUCCCCUGUGGUCACCUAGUUGCCUGUAAGGAAUGUGCUGAAGCACUUAAUGAAUGCCCUCUGUGUCGUAGAAAUAUUAUGAAAAGACAGGAAAUUUUUAUGUAUUAG